GGGGGUCGGACGGCUCCAGGCUGUACGACUGCGUCUGGAGGUACAAUUCCAGCGUGAACGAGUGGACGGAGGUGUCCCCCAUGCUGAAGGCCAGAGAGUACCACAGCUCCACUGUCCUGGACGGGCUGCUCUACGUGAUCGCCUCGGACAGCACGGAGCGCUACGACCACGCGGUGGACAGCUGGGAGGCUCUGCAGCCCAUGCUCUACCCCAUGGACAACUGCUCCACCACCUCGUGCCGCGGCAAACUCUUUGCCAUAGGCUCCCUGGCCGGCAAAGAGUCCAUGGUUAUGCAGUGCUACGACCCCGACAGCGACCUCUGGUCCCUCGUCAACUGCGGCCACCUGCCUCCCUGGUCCUUCGCUCCCAAGACCGUCACUCUCAACGGCCUCAUGUACUUCAUCAGAGACGACUCGGCUGAAGUGGAUGUUUACAAUCCGGUGAAGAAUGAAUGGGAUAAAAUCCCUGCCAUGCUCCAGGUUCACGUUGGGGGGAGCGUGGCCGUGCUCGGCGGGAAGCUCUACGUCUCCGGUGGCUACGAUAACACGUUUGAACUCUCAGACGUCCUGGAAGCCUACGACCCCGAGACGCGGACGUGGAGCGUGGUGGGCCGCCUCCCCGAGCCCAUCUUCUGGCACGGCAGCGUCAGCAUAUUCCGGCAGUUCAUGCCGGAAACCACGCAGGAGGACAACGGCAUCACGCUGGACAACACCAUCAACCUCAACAGGCAGCACCAAAACCUUCACAACCAGAACCUGAACGAGCUUCGUUAG